GUAAUCUGUUCGAAUGGGGGAAGAGGUGGGAAGGAAUCUCACCCUCCCGCCUAUGAUGGAUGUCCAUGUGGCUGAACGACAGCCUCUCCGUACCUCUUCAGCAAUUGAAGGCCUGCAGCCAAAGCAGCUUCCGGCUGGUCUUGAUAUUGCCGGAAGCGCUGCUGACGUGCCAAGCAGUAGCAGUGCUUGCCACGUGGACAUACUCCACCAUGGACCUAUCCAAGUGGCGGCACGUUGGGAGUCAGCUGACGUGGGGACAAGCAGCGCAGAGACACCACUCAUCACUGCACCGGUGGGAGGAGGCGCGACUCCUCAACGGCUUCAGAAACCGUUAGAUCCGGAGGAGUUCCGCGCUCUAGGCCACCAGACCGUCGAUCUCAUCGCUGAUUAUUUCCGCGACGUGGAAUCCUUUCCCGUACUUCCUGAUGUAAAGCCGGGGUUCUUGUCGGCCCUUUUGGAGGAUAAUGCUCCUGAAGAUCCUGUAAAGUGGGACAAAAUCAUAUCAGACCUUCAGACAAAGAUUUUACCAGGAGUGACCCAUUGGAGGAGCCCAAGUUUCUUUGCGUACUAUCCAUCGGGUGGGGGCACAGCAAGCUUGCUGGGAGAGAUGGUCUGCAGUGCAUUAGGCACCAUUGGAUUCAGCUGGAUCACAUCUCCCUCCUCUACAGAGCUUGAGAUGAUAGUGCUUGACUGGUUAGCAAGGUUGCUGGCACUGCCAGAGUCGUUCAUGUCAGCUGGGAAAGGUGGAGGUGCCAUACAGGGCACAGCCAGUGAGGCAUUGCUGACAGCCAUGGUGGCUGCCCGCCAAAAGGCUGUCCUAAAGCUGACGUCAGAAGGACUCACAUAUGCAGAAGCAAUGUCUAAGCUCGUGGCCUAUGGAUCGGACCAAACACAUAUGAGCAUGCAGAAGGCGUGCAUGAUUGCAGCUAUUGAAUCUAGCCACUUUCGGCCGCUCCGGACGGAUGAGUCGACUGGGUUUAGUUUGUCACCUUCUAUUCUUGCGGACGCAAUAGCUUCUGAUCUGAAGAAUGGGAAAACACCAUUUUUCUGCUGUGCAACAGUGGGGACCACAUCAUCUGCGGCAAUAGAUCCCGUGGCAGAGAUAUCGAAAAUUACUGAGGAACAUGGGAUUUGGCUGCAUGUUGAUGCUGCUUAUGCAGGGCCUGCCUGCAUAUGCCCAGAAUACAGGCAUUUUCUCAAUGGCAUUGAGCGGGCGAAUUCUUUCAACAUCAAUAUGCACAAAUGGGGACUCACAGAUUUUGACUGCUCACCAUUUUGGGUCAGAGAGAGGGUUCAUCUUCUGAACGCAUUGUCAUUGACGCCAGAAUAUCUGAAGUACAAGCGUCCUGAUGGCCCGCAGGUGUUUGAGUACAGGGAUUGGCAGAUACCACUUGGACGGCGGUUCAGGGCUCUGAAGCUGUGGAUGGUGCUGUCACUGCACGGCGCUUCGGGUCUCCGAGCACACUUCCGUAAACAUAUUGGAUAUGCAUGCAAGCUUAAGGAGAUAAUUGAACAAGACCCACGCUUUGAGGCAGGCCUAAGUGUGCGCUUGCAUGGUGUGUUCGGUUGUGCAAGGAAAAUGAGCAAUAGCAAGAUGACAAUGUCCAGAAAGCACAAUCACAUUGAAGGCCAGAUGGUAUCACAGUGUCCAGAAAGCAGAAAUGCACCAAUAUAACACCAAUGAAGAAUCGUAGCACUG